CUUGGCAAAGUCCCGCGUGCCAGGGUGUGGCACGGGGAGGAGGUCCCUUUUUGCGUCUAUAUAAGCGGCCGUCUCGGCAUUGCGCACCCCACAGUCCACUCUCAAGAAGUCUGCAGCAUCUCAUCCAUCACUCACCAUGGCACAAGUCAAUGAAGACAUGCUUCUGAAGCUGUUCAAAGCUAUCGAUACGGAUAAUUCAGGAACCCUCACGGCAAAGGAGAUUCUCGCCGUCCUAAAUGACCCAAAAUUGAAGUCACCUAAGAAGCACACUCUGAAAGAGGUGGAGGACUUGGUCGGGGCCAUAGAUACGUCCGGUGACGGCAAAGUGGACUUCAAAGAAUUCCUGCAGGUGUUCAAGUCCCAAAAGUGAUGAACCAACAUCUCCUGCCGGCCAUCACCAGUUUGCUCCAGCGUUCACCUAAAACUUACCAACAAUGUUUCUGCCUGAAUUUAUGCAUUGUCCUCCACAAUAUCAGAUAACGUGUUGUCUUUUGCAUAGUGCCAGAUGUUAAAUACCACAAUGCUGCGUUAGCAAAAGUAGGCACACGUGUUACAAAUUUUAACAAUAAAAUGUAAAUCUUAAAAAUAAAUCGGCCCAAAAAAGUACAUUUUUGUGAUUUUUUUUUACCAGCCAUGUUUUGAUGAAAUAAUGAAUAACAUGUGAGUGUGGUGCUCACCUCCCAGAAGCCCAUGUUUACAUCAGCAGAAUCGAAUAAAUUAAGCAGUGCCUGGUUGGUGUUUGGAAAGUCAUAAGAGUUCGGGUGGUGAUGAGAAUUUGUAUUUUUGUAUUCUCUAACUGUUGAUGUGUGGCACCCAAAAUAAAGGUUAAUGGGGAUUGGA